AUGCACGUCGAAAUUCGACUAUGCGAGGUAGAGCAUGCCUGUGCUUUUGACCCGCAGAGCUUUUACCGUGUAAAGCAGCUCCUCUCUUCCUACAGUGGCCAAAGCAACGCUGCUGAGGAGCCUGCGAGGCGCACCUGGCACGGCGGCUCACUGCUGCGCCUCCAGCACACGGCGCCUUUCACUCCUGAGCUGAAGCUGCAGGUCGUAGUGGAGCGUCUAACUGAGAUGGAGAGCAAGUGCUUUGGUGCAACGAUGGACAAGAAGCAACACGAGGCGCGAGUCAAGAGUCACUGGAACAACAGCGCUGUCGGGACAGCCUACUACAGCGCGGAGGUGAAGGAGGUAGUUCUAGCAUCCCUUCCCCCGGCUGCCGCCCACAGCGUCGUGAAGAUUCGGCUACUGCAGCUACCCCCACAGCUGGAUUACAACGCACAACAAGUUGUAAAAAGGGCGAUCGGCGACAUGGCCGUCAGUAGGGACAGGCACGACACUCCGCUAUGCAUUGGUAUCGCAAAGAUAUGCCUGCGCGAACUGAUGUUGGCCAGGAAAACGGUCCGGAUUGCGAUGCAAGCGAAGCGGGCCGUUGUGAGCGCCGUAGAGGCACACAACCUGGACACUUUGAUCACGAAUGCCAUGUUCGGCCGAGGCGAGAGGAAUGGGAGCGCCGUGCUCUCUGUUCAGUUCAACGGAUACACAUUUGGACGCGUUCCGAGGGGAGGGCCUAUACCGAACCACAGUUCCGUGGGUACGACGAAGCGCAUCACUACUGCCAUGGAUUCCAACGAGCCCAGUACCGCACUGCCACUUGUUUCGAAUGGAGCAGCCGGAGAGUCUGCUGCUGAGAUGGAGUCAGAGGCUCUCAAUUCGCGAGCCAUCCACUUUGUGUUACUCCCGUACGUUGCACUCGUCGACGUACUUCUUCGCAUGGUCGACGUGGCUUCCUGGCGCGUGCCUCGUAAGACAGGGAUGGCGCUCACAGCGAUUGUCAUCGCGCUCUACGCAGACCUCUUCGACAUGUUGUUCGUACUGACUUUGGCACUUGUCUUGUUGAGUGUCCUUCGUAAUAUUUCGCUCUUCUACUAUGUUCCUGUGAGUGACCACACUGCCUCCCGUGUCACCGCGCCGUCUGUGGUGGGAAGCGGCACCACCAACUUUCAGCCGUUCCUCUACAGUCGAGAGAACGCCCUCCUGAACAGUCUGCUGCGCGCGCGGGUCUUUUUCUCGCGUGGUUUGAUGGAUGACACUUACUACGAACUUGCCUUGGCUGCCCACCUUGCCCGGCACAACCGCCGACAACUGGUCGGACUCGGUUUAGCUGUGUGCUGUGGCUUUGCUUUCCUGUCGAUGGGAGCAGUAGUCAGUUUCCUUACGCUGGGCGCCUUUACCGCGUACCCGGUGUUUCUCAACCUUUCCAACGCUCGUCGACGCACCCGCAGAAAGAAAGUGUCGCUUUUGGUGCUCAUUCGCUAUGCGGUGGACGCAAUACACGUGCCACGGAGGUACCCUGUGGUACGUGUCAUCCGCGUUGCAGUGGUGCGCGCCAGAACCGAAAAAUCGCCCUCUCGCAACGAGUCCAUUGUCGACCCGGUGGCAGAAACACUUCAGCAGCAGUUCCUCAAUUGCAUUCGCCAGCGCGCCGAGUCGGAUGAGGCGCGGUCGCCGACGGAGAAAUCAGAGCUCUCCAUGAAGACACGAGAGAGCAACAUUCCUGCGGUGUACCGCCAAGUGCGGACCAUGGAUCUUGACGUCCUACCGAACAAUUCGGCCAACUUCGCAUCUACACUCAAUCGUUUUCAGGUCACUCACGUCAUGCGCUAUUUCGUGGCUCUGUGUUUUUCUUCAAGCGUAAUUGAAUCGGCGGAGUUGGCGAGCACGACCAGUGGCUUGCGGAAGCCGCCUUCCAACGCGGCUCUUCAGCGCCGUCUAUGCGAUCAGCUAAGACAAGCGCGAAUUAUCAGUGGUAUGUUGCCCUCAGUUUUGCCUCAGUCAAACAACAUUGCAACGGGUGGAGGUGUGACUACGUUUACCCAGCACAGUGGGUCCGUUACUGGUGACUCGAAGCCGGCGGUAGUCUCUAAGGAAAUGCAGGAGGCAUUUCAGAACUACUUCAACAGCACUUUGACGCUUCUGUUUUAUCUUCGACAGCAGUGGACCUUUCACCCCUACGUCACACAGUCCAGCACGACAAAGUGUAUGCCAGACAGCAUGCGCAGUGUGAGUGUACUGGCUCAGCCGCAGGACCUCAUCGAUGCCGGUGAGGACGACGGAGUCACCAAGGCCCUCAUGGCGAGGCGCCAAGCGCCGCACAAUUCGCCGUUGGUAGGCAGGUUUAGUAGCGACAAUCCUGUCGAGGUGAGUGGGCGAAUAAUGGCACUCUACGCAGCGUACUUACUGCAAGGUGCCCGUCUUUCAGUAUACAUGUCUUCCAAUGGAUGUGCCACGUUUCUGCCAUUGCUUGCCCCAGGCAAUUGUAUGGAGCGCUUUCUGCAGCCCAACCCCUGCCCGGCUGAUCUUUUAAACACACUGGACUCGGUGUGGCGCGGGGAGACGCACGACACGAUGAAGAAGGGGAAGGAAGUCUACUUCAACGCAGAUGCCGUGUUGCAAAUCAUUACUGUGUACAAGAACUACUGGGAAGGCGGCGCGAACUUUACGUCGACUCGAUCUGCGGUACGCCUCGAUAGCACUGUAGCUGGCGAGAGCUACUUCUCUAACGCGCUACAUCGCAGCACUGCUCGUAGCGCGCUCGUCUCUCUGCCGCCAAUACCCCGUCAGCAGAUAAUGCCAUACAGUGCCUCGACGCACCUCACACGCUCUCUACAAGACUCGACCACGCCGCAGACCAAGUUCGGCACCGCCGCGGCCGGCAGUGCUGAGCUCUUGCCUGCACGUUUUUUUUCCUCAGCGGCGACCGAGCUGAACAUGGAAAAUGUGGUCUCUCAGACGUCCGCCGCCUCUUCAGAUCUCUAUCCCUUCUCAAAUGGGGCGUUGAGUGAUCCGCCCGUGCUCGAUGCAACCUACAGUCGCGAUGCGCGUGGGCAGCUAUUGGUUAAAGAUGAGAGAGCGAGGAAUUCUGUUCCAGAUGGCAACGGCGCCCGGACGGCUUCUGGAAAGGGUAACGCGGCGGAGACGUUAUUGAAGUCAAAGAGGUGA